AUGGGAAAAUUGAGAACAGGAACGCUGUUGCAUGGGGUUCUUCACGUUACAAUUUUUGAGGUUGAUAAGUUUUAUGGUAAAGAUUGCUGCCACUGUUUCCCCAAGCUAUUUGAAGAAACUAUUCCAAUUGGAAAAGAUACUGCCAGAUUAUAUGCAACCAUUAAAUUAGGCAAUACUACUGUAGGCAGAACUAAAGUUACAAACAAUGAUCACUCUUAUCUUCAGUGGAAUGAAUCUUUUCAAAUUUAUACUGCUCACGUGUCAACUGAUGUUGUGUUUUGUAUCAAAGAAGAAGAUCCAAUUGGGGCAAAAGUGAUUGCGAGAGCUUUUCUGCCCAUUGAAGAAUUAGGAAAUGGAGAAAAACUUGAUAGAUGGCUACAGAUCCUGAAUAAGAAAAAUAAACCUCUCGAAGGAGGUCCUAGAAUUCAUGUAGAGUUACAGUUUUCUGAUGUCACUCAGGACAUGAACUGGUCUCGAGGGAUUACAAGUCCUGAGUUUCCAGGAGUCCCACACACUUACUUCACACAGAGAAGUGGUUGCAGGGUCACGCUUUACCAGGAUGCUCAUAUUCCAGACAAUUUUUUCCCGGAAAUUCCUUUCACUGGCGGCAAGUAUUAUGCGCAUAACCGAUGCUGGGAAGAAGUCUUUGAUGCCAUUUACAAGGCAAAGCACAUGAUAUAUAUAGCAGGAUGGUCUGUCUAUACCGAAAUUACCUUGAUUAGGGAGUUGAGUAGGAAAAAACCAGGAGGAGAUUUGACACUUGGGGAACUUCUCAAAAUGAAGGCUGGUGAUGGAGUUACAGUCCUAAUGCUUGUUUGGGAUGAUAGAAGUUCAAUAAAGUUGCUAAAGAAGGAUGGAGUGAUGGCAACUCAUGAUGAAGAUACAGAAAGUUAUUUCCGUAACACUGGGGUGCAUUGUGUAUUAUGUCCUCGUAAUCCUGAUAAUGGGCAAAGCAUUGUCCAAGACAUUGAGGUUGCCACCAUGUUUACACAUCAUCAGAAGAUCCUAGUUGUUGAUGGUGAGAUGCCCGGUGGGAAUUUAGAGAGGAGGAGGAGAAUUUUGAGCUUCAUUGGAGGUAUUGAUCUCUGUGAUGGGAGAUAUGACACCCCAAUGCAUUCGAUUUUUAGGACCCUGGGGACAGCUCACCAUGAUGAUUUUCAUCAACCAAAUUUCAAAGGUGCCUCAAUUGCAAAAGGUGGACCAAGAGAGCCUUGGCAUGACAUACAUUGUUGCUUAGAAGGACCAAUUGCCUGGGAUGUUCUGAUUAAUUUUGAGCAGAGGUGGAAGAAACAAGGUAAGGAGAAUGUUUCACUUGUUGAGCUUGGACAACUUGAUGACAUUUUCGUACCUCCAUCUCCAGUAAUGUCCCCUGGAGACAAAGAAACAUGGAAUGUUCAGUUGUUUCGAUCCAUUGACGGAGGAGCUGCAGCAUAUGGCCUCCCAAAUACCCAAGAGGAUGCAGCCAGGUAUGGUCUUCUGGUUGGGAAAGAUCAUAUCAUUGACCGAAGCAUCCAGAAUGCGUAUAUUAAUGCUAUCAGGAGAGCUAAAAACUUUAUCUACAUAGAAAACCAAUAUUUCCUUGGAAGCUCUUUUUGCUGGAAUUCAAAUGACCUCCAGGUUGAGGAGGUGGGAGCCUUAAAUCUGCUUCCUAAAGAACUGUCUCUCAAACUCGUUAGCAAGAUCGAAGCAGCUGAGAGAUUCACUGUCUAUGUAGUUAUUCCAAUGUGGCCAGAGGGUAUUCCUGACAGUGCAGCUGUCCAGAGCAUACUGAAUUGGCAAAGAAGGACAAUGGAUAUGAUGUACACCGAUAUUGUUCAGGCUCUACAAGCCAAAGGAAUUAAAGCAAACCCAAAAGACUAUUUGAGUUUCUUUUGCCUUGGAAAUCGAGAGAAGAUGAAUAAUGAAGAAUAUGAGCCUUCUAAAAAGCCAGAACUGGAAUCAGAUUACAGCAGAGCUCAACAUGCAAGGCGGUUCAUGAUCUAUGUCCAUGCCAAAAUGAUGAUAGUUGAUGACGAAUACAUAAUUAUUGGAUCAGCUAACAUCAAUGAGCGGUCAAUGAAUGGGGCCAGGGACACAGAGAUUGCAAUGGGAGGGUACCAACCAUAUCAAUUAGCUACAGAGAAGCCAGCCAGGGGUCAGAUCCAUGGCUUUAGAAUGGCAUUGUGGUAUGAGCACUUAGGCUUUCUGGAUGACUCCUUUCUUACUCCAGAGAGUUUGGAAUGUGUCAGACAAAUAAACCAGAUUUCCGAAAGGUACUGGGAACUCUAUUACAGUGACACUCUAGAUGAUGACUUGCCUGGACAUUUGCUUAGUUAUCCCGUUAGAGUUGCUGAAACUGGAGAGGUCACAACCAAACCUGGUGCGGAGUACUUCCCAGACACGAAGGCACGAAUUUUUGGGUCCAAAUCCGUACUUCCAACGAUCCUAACUACUUAA